UUUUUCUUUGCAAUCAUAUUAUAUAAAACCUUUACUUUCAAAAUCGUUAACAGCAUAAUAGCAUUUCAGCACAUAUCAUCCAUUAGUUAAAGACAAAUAAUGGUUCGCACUUAAAAAUAAGAGUAUAUCGCUUCAACGACGUAUUCAACUGAUCAGUAAUGAUAUUGCGCAAUAUUUUCUUAUGGUUUAAGGUUCUCAUUAUACUGGCGUUUAAAGUAGUAGAAAAAUCGCUAUGCGCGAUGUAAUUGAUUUAUUUCUUGCUGCGCUAGCAAUAACGGUUUACUUUCGAAAGAACGUUUUCUUUGUGUCGCAGAUUCCAAUUUGUAAAUUGAAAGUUAAAAAUGAAUUCAGUUGAACUGCCUGUACUAUUAUCAAUUGGAGGACUCUGUACUUUGUGCCAAAAGGAAUCGAAAUGGAUUUGCCAGCGUUGUCUUGAUUUGUAUUGUUCAGCGGAAUGUCAAAGGAGGGAUUGGCACCGACACCGUUACAUUUGCUUCCCAAUGCCUGGUUUAUUACCUGCAGCAAAAGUGGAGGUUUCAGACGCUCAAAAUAAGAAAACUAUAACAUCUAACUUAAAGGAUAAUAAGUUUAACUUACCUCCAUGGGAGGUAUGUAAAGAUAUUUCAGGAUUGGAGUCAGAAAAGUUGAACUCUACAUUAUGUAAUGUAACUGAAUCAAUUAGCAAACCCCGUCCGAAAAAAGAAAGUGUUCAAAUGAGCCCUAACCAAAGCGGUAUUAAGAACAAGGAUAACUGUACAAAUAAUAAAAAAGAGGAAUUAUUAUUGGAUUUAUAUCAAGAUGAACCUUGCCAGAAGGAAUCCAAAGAAGCUCAUCCGCUUUUAAAUCGUGCUUCUACUAACAUGAUUGCUUCGGGAGAUGAUCCGAUUUUGUGUCCUCCAUUUAAUAUAAGUAUGUUCAAAUCUAAUAAUCGCUCUUUUAAUGUGAUUGUAUUGGAUACUUCAGCCUUGAGUUAUGGUUAUAUUGGAUGUAUAGCUGAAACGGAUUUGAAAUAUUUAAUAAAUAUUCAAAAAUAUCUGAGUAACUACACUGAUACUAAAGAGAUUUAUCAUCCGAAACUCCACGAGUAUUGCUUGGCCCGGUUUGAGAACGAAUGGUAUAGAGCAAGAGUAGUGAAAGUAAUUGAUAGCUCACGUUAUAAUGUCGUUUAUUUGGAUUUUACUAACGAAAGUGUGCUCACUUCUGAAGAUAUUCGUCGCUAUCCAUCUGAUUUAAAUGACCCUUGUCAUACCAACCUUUGUUUGUUCGAUGGCCUGCCAACUACUUUGAAUGUCGAUCAUGUCAACUUUUUAAAAAAAGAAAUAACUACCGAGAGUAAGCUGCAUAUUGAUAAGGUUCAAGAAGUUAUAGAACAAAUUGUUGUAAUAGAAUGCCAAUAUAUACUUAAAAAAAUGCGAUCCGCUGGCUUACUCUAAAAUAUUUGUUGUCGGGGAAUCGUUAAACC